AAGUCCAAAGUUUCCUCUGAGCGAAGAGCGUCAAUUUGAUCAGCUGAUCAAUGAGUGCGCUGGCGGGAGGUCAAAAGUUUUUGUCUCGAGCAAGGCAACAAAAGACGUUCGAAAUACGUAAGGAAAGGAUAAACAUCGGCGUAUGUAAAAAAAAAAAAGUCAAACUAAACGUCAAAUCCUCAAAUCAUUUGAUUAUGGCGGAUGGUUGUGGGGAAGAUGACAUCCCUAAAGGGAUACGAAAUAAGAGUGGAAAGAAAAGUAAUGACACAGACGAAGACAAUGAUCAAGAUGACGAAACUGCUGAACCUGAUUUGGGCAUCAGUGGGGAACGUAAAUUUCAAAAGAAGGGUCCGGAACAUAUAGCAGGAACAAUUAAUGGUCUUCAGAGAAGAGAGGACAAUCCAUUUUCUUUUAAACAUUUUUUGAAACGAGACUCAAGCUCCAACUUCCACAGGACUGGCGCUCGACCAAAAGUGUACGUACCACCUGAGAGUUUGGACAGGGAAAACUCGCCACCCGCGGAUCGCGAUGUGGAUGGAGGCCCAUUCGACUGCAGCACGGGGCCAAGGCACGCCGGCACGCCGGAGCUAACGUCCGUGCUGCCCGACUUCGUGCAGGAUCACCUGGUGGUCGAACAGUGCUACCUGGGCCACUCGGUCUCGUCCAAGUCCCCACAGCUGGCGGUCGACUUCGACAACUUGCCCGACUUUGCCCGGGACGAGUGCCAGUCACGGCGAUGGGACGAGCCAGAGAGCAUUCCACCGGACCUGGCCGACGCUGGGACGAGCCCACUGGACCUGCCGCAGGAGCCGAGUGGCGGCCUUCCGUUCGACCUGCCGCUGACAACGGGCGGUGGGGGGCUGGUGCCUGCGACCGGGUCCCAGGGGGGGGAGCCCGGGAAAUCCAAGCGGCUGCCCGACUUCCUCUCGGACGGCCCGAUCCUCAGCGACCGGCAGGACGCGUCGCAGUCCAGCAAUGGCACAAGUAGCGUGGACAUGGUCUCUGAUUCUUCCGACCACACGCACCAGAGGUUAACUCUCGAGAAUGAAAGGCUGAGAAGAGAACUUGAAGGGUCAAGGAGACAGCUAUCAGAGCAGGCUAGAAGGGUUCAAGUCCUAGAGAAGGAGUUGCUCAUUCUGCGCUCGAAGGAACACGAAGAAACCACGACACUGGAAAAAGCAAUUGAACAAGUGGAGGACAAUUUGAAGAGGACUACAAAGCGGGCGGUGACAGCGGAGAGCACGGUUUCGAAACUCAAGCAGGAGAUCAAGAUGCUGACGUGGGAGCUGUCUUCCCUGCAGCAGGAGAACGACCGGUUACGGACGGGUGAUGCGGGGGCCAGCGGCCCGUACUUGGUCCCCAGCGAGCGCCAGUCGCAGCGCCUGGCGCAGGACCUCCGCGUGGCCGCUGGAACCGCGGAACACUCUCUCAGGCAGCUCCUGAGCGGCGUGGGUAACCUGCGCAUCAUCGCAGACACGAUCGAGAACAUGCACAAGAUACAGGACCGCUCGGAAGACUUCCUGAGGGACUGCGAAGAUGGCGCGGGGCCAGCCUUGUGAAGCAUUUAGUGCCAAGAUGUCUCCCCAAGUGCAACAUUUGCUUUUAUCAAUGUAUAUAGUGUGACCUGAAUUUUUUUUUAAGAAAAAAAAAGAGAAUGAUGAAAAAAUUUUAUAUAUAGAUUUGGUAAGCAAGUACGGUGGCAUGUGAGACUGCAAGUGUUUUUGUAUCGAGUCAAAAUCCUGCAUGAAUUCCUAAAUAUUUAAUAUGUGGUGAUUUUGUGUGACAAAUCAAUAAAAUGUUUAAUUGUACAGA